AUGGCGGUGGCGGCGGUUGAGGUCAGAGGAGGAGAUGCAUCUAGUGGAGGUGGUGUUGUUAUUGUGGGAUUGGGCACCAGUAGCUCGCCCAGUGUUGUAGCCUGCCAGUGCUCACGGCACACCUGCCCACAAGGUCGUCACAAUCACUCCCUUGAAGGUCUGACGUCUCCGAGCUUCAUUGACCGUGAAUUGCUCAUCCAAAUUCUGAGUAACCAAAAUUUGAUUGAGAAAUUGUUCAGCUGGGAUAAUGGACCGGCGACCAAACUGCAAACAAUACAAAAUCCAAGUUUAUCUGACCCACCAUCUGUUCAUGUCAGUAGGACAGAAGCCGGUGCACCUUCGUUGGCAGUUACUCCAAGUGUUCCCUUCUAUCCUCCAUUAAAUAGGGCGGGACCUGUUUCUAAUCCCCAACCUCCACCUGAGAUUGUUCCUGUUCCCUCCCCACCUGCAGGAGCUCAUGUGGCCAAGGACAUCAACUAUUAUAAGAGCUUGAUUCAGCAGCAUGGUGGAGAAAAACAAGAGAUCCUUCCCCAAUCUGGUGGCCGUCACAACCAGUUACUACCCAACCCAGAAUCAAUAAAUAACCCUAAACCAAGGGAUUUAAAACCCAAGAUAAUGAAACCUUGCAUCUAUUUCAACAAAUCAAGGGGAUGCAGGCACGGAGCCAACUGCUCAUAUCAGCACGAUGUGUCAUCGGCCCCACAGCAGGUCAGUGGCAUGCCAAAGAUAAACCUCUAG